CUUACAUAUAGGACGUGACUCGGAUCAUGAUAGUCACUUGAAUGAUAAGCAAGUUGUCGCUAUUAUUGCCAUUGCAUUGAGCUCGAGAUGAUUCUUCGUCGAACUUGUCAUGUUUGCCAAUGGCUGCAGCCGGGCGGCAGAUGCCAGCUUGAGCAUGCUUCUUGCGAUCCUAUUCGUUUCAAUUUGCUGAUUUUGCUCUACGUCUGACCAUGAACAAGCUCAGAAAGCCCAAGCCACUCGCCACGAUAUGCAAUCCACCGUCAAGUGCCCAAACAACUCGAUCGGACAAUCAUAACCAAUGCUCGGUCUCUGCUCCUCCAGUAUCGAGAACGAUGCAGAUCGCGAGUGCUUCACUUGAUGCGGAAAGAAUUCCUACGGCUAAAAACACGCUGGAUUAUCCUAAGACGACAUGGUUUUCUGCGCCUGCUACUGCCAAGCCUCGCACAUUCGUCGAGCAGUACUGGGCUGCGCGUGCACUGGUGGCCGAAACGGUGCUGACAACACGUGUUCGGUAUCAGAAGGAGAUGGUAGAGGCGAGGCUAGGGAAGGAAGAGAAGCAGACGAACCAACUUGCGGCUCUCGUGCGGGCGAGCGAAGAACGACAGAGCAGGCUCGAAAAGUUCGUCGUAGCACUUUUAACAUGCUUCAUGCUUCUCUUCCUUGCGUUAAUCUAUAUACUGCUGCGUGAUUCCCCGAAAGCCAAGGGUGCCUCGCACUUUACGAUACCGAUCCUCUCCCCGUUUACUUCAGUGGUCGAACAUGAAACAGGCAUCAUCAGUGCGAGAUCCAUAUCAUUCUUUAUUGUCGUUCUAGGUAUCUUAUCAUACGCCAUCUUCCGACAUUGGUUAUCGAAGAAAGGAUAGCGUGUGGUAUAAGAUUUGGGGUGUAAUCCAUUCCGUAGUCAUGAAGACCACAACUUCGCUUCCGGCAGCACAAACUAGUCCCUAG